GAUUUGUACUGUACAAAUGAAAGAGAGUUCUGGGAAUACUGUGGCAUCUACCUCUUUGAAGAUAAAGGUAAAAUAUGGAUGGGAAGAACCAAGAGAACUGGAGAAAUGGACCUGAAGUCACUAGAAGAAGCAGCCUUGAAUCCCAUUUCAACUCUGCCUUCAUGUGCAAGUGUGAUGAUUAAUAUUAGGUUUCAUGAUCUAAAAUAUGGCUACACAAACCUUUCUGCAGGAGAACUUCUUCUUGAUGAAAGGAAGAACCCAGAUCCACAGUAUGGUGAACUCACUGAAAAGUACAUUAAAGAUGGAAAGAUGGUGCCAGUUGAGAUAACUAUCAGUUUGUUAAAGAGUGAAAUGGAUCAGACAAUGGCUGCCAAUGCUCAGAAGAAUAAAUUCUUAAUUGAUGGGUUUCCAAGAAAUCAAGACAACCUUCAGGGUUGGAAGAAGACCAUGGAUGAGAAGGCAGAUGUGUCUUUCAUUCUAGUUUUUUACUGUAAUAGUGAGAUCUGUAUUGAACGAUGUCUUGAGAGGGGAAAGAGUAGUGGUAGAAGUGAUGACAACAGAGAGAGUUUGGAAAAGAGAAUUCAGACCUAUCUUCAGUCAACAAAGCCAAUUAUUGACUUAUAUGAAGAAGUGGGGAAAGUCAAGAAAAUAGAUGACUCUAGGUCUGUUGAAGUUUUUGAUGAAAUUGAUAAGAUUUUUGACAAAGAAAGCUAA